AUGGACGAUGGCACGCAUGCAAGGGACCUAACCUCUGGGCAAGCGCGCAAGAUCCAAUCCAACUCAAAUCUCAUGCACAGUCGUUGUUGCCGUCGCACAAGACACGAGCGCUGCAAAAGCGUGGGCAGCCAAGGCUUCCAGAUCGUCCGGUUGCCCAAGAUACUGCGGUGGCACAGACGAGAGACCUCCAACAUUUCUCGACACCGCCAAGGCCCCAAGACACGGCUCCGGAUCUCAACGGCGCCGUCUAGCACGUCCCCCUCCUAA